AUGGCCGCAACUAACGGCGGCGGCGGCGGCGGCGGCGGCGGCCCCGUCCCCAUCCCCGGCCCGAUCUCAGCCGAGGCGGAGGCGGCGUUUGGAGAGGCUAUCAGGCUAGUGUUCGGGCGGUGGACGGCGCUUCAGAUGGCGGUGGAGAACCAGUGGGGCGGCCGCGACUCCCGCGCCAAGGCCGACCAGUUCGGCGAGUCCAUCCUCUUCUGGUUCUGUCGCACUAAGGGUCCACGUUAUUUCGAAGACUUGGUGGAUAUGAUGUAUGACAAAAUUUCUGAAUCCUUCAAUGCCGACUUUGAGGAUAAUAGUGUUGAGGAGGUUGCUGAACAGUUAUUGAUCAUACAUGAAGAAUGCCUGCAAAACAACUAUUCAUCUAUAGAGAAGUUAAGGAAUUCUCAUGUUCAGGGGAAUGCUGUUUCUCAAAGUAGACAGAUAGUGGCCGAUGACGACGAUGACAGUGAUAGCUCGGAUGAUGGUGAUGACACAUCAAUGAUGGAUGAUCAAGAGGCUGCGCCGGAAGAUAUGGCGGUGGACAGGCCAAGGCCUCCAAGGCCUACUCCCGAUGCCGAUGGGUGGACCGUUGUGCCUCCCAGGCGUGGUGGUCGCACCAGGAAUUAG